AUCAAGUUCAAAAUUUUUUUUUAAACAAAAAAGCUGUUAAUAAAAAAAAAAAAAAAAAGCGAAAACGUAAAUUUUGGCUAUUCGCAAUUGAGUCAAACAAUUUCGCGAGGAAGCGAACGAACGAGAUUUGCUGCAUCCAACAUAGGGGCGAAGCAUUUUAUGCGUUUCGCGUAAUAAAUUGUACGUUCGUACGUGGAGAGAGAGCGCCCCCAGGAAAGCGUCCAUCCCAGAGUGACUCCCCAGCGUGACUCCGCAGCGCGACUCCCCGCCAGCACGUGUGUGUGUACACGCGCGUAAAUAUUUAUAUAAUAGCAUAUAUACGCAGAUCCCCCCCGAGUACACACCGUGCCUGCGCACCUGGCCAUAUUUUUAGCUCAAGGUCCAUCUUUCGAACUCCCCUUCCGAAUCCAACAUGUAUAACAACCAGAAUGGAAAGGCAGUCCCCGGAGCCAACGGGGGCCAAAGCUACGGAGCUGUGUACAACCACGGAUCGUCAUACAACUACAGCAAUUAUGGACAAGGACAAGGAAAAGGAAACAAUGAACAAAAAGGAUACUACUAUGAUGCACCAACAAGGGCCACAGCAGCCAAUGGAGGAUUAUACGACGAAUUUUCCCUUAACGAAUUUUCCUCCACAAAAAUUAGACAUGGAUUUAUUAGAAAAGUUUAUUCCAUAUUAUCCAUUCAGCUUUUGAUGACUUUUGGCUGUUCAGCAUUGGCUGUUUUGUACCAACCAUUUAAUAGCUUUAUAGUGACAAACUACACUCUUUUCUUUAUCCUGGGUGUCAUUUUAAGCUUACCCAUAAUGAUAGCCUUAGCUUGUUCUCCCAAUAUGGCCAGAAAGUACCCAAGUAAUUAUUUCCUACUUCUUUUAAUAACCGUUGGUAUGACUCUCAUAGUGACAUUAGCAAGUGCAAGAACGAACUCAGAAAUCUUUUUUUAUGCCUUUGGGACAACGUCUGUUGUGGUCGUAGGGUUAACCAUCUUUGCUUUCCAAACCAAAUGGGACUUCACCGGAUGGUACGUCUACCUAUUUAUGGCCUUUUUAAUAUUAAUGGUGUUAGGCAUUGUGGGCAUUUUUGUACGCAGCAAAGUUUUCAACUUGGUCUUUGCAGGAAUUAGCGCUUUCCUUUUGUCCAUUUCGAUCAUCGUGGAUACGCAACUCAUUAUUGGUGGAAAACACAAAAAGUAUGAGUUCUCCGUUGAUGACUACAUUUUUGCCACUUUGGCUUUGUACAUGGAUAUAAUUAAUUUGUUUCUUUCCAUCCUUUCCAUUUUUUCCAACGCUGAUUGA